AUGCUUCACGAGGUGACAAGCACGCUCUGCGACACGUGUUUACCCACCCUUGAGGAGGCGAUAUCCUCCAACGCCACGGAACCCUCGGCCAAGCGACAUAAGUCCUCAGAAGAAGUGGAGACCGUGCCGCGUGAACCUGGCACCGGUGGUCUUGGCAUCGUACCUGUUAGGGAUGCCACCAAGAAGCAGGAAAAGACCCACCAUGGCAAACGGGGCAAGCAGACCAAGCCCGAUGCAAGUGCGAGCAGCACACAUAGUCUGCACCCAUCGCUGUCUCACCAUUCGACCGACGCGAUGGUCAGCCCAGCAUGGUCAGAGGUGCUAGCUGCGGUUUCACCAUUGCCCGCCCCGGUGAAGGUGGCGACAUAUUUCUUUCCGCUGCCAUUCCUUUUCAGUGGUGAUGGCGACAAGAUUCGCCAAUACCUGCACAGUUAUGUGCACAUCCGUGGCUUCUGUCACCAGCGACUUCUCGAUCUCACGAUUGGCAGGCUUCCGUUGAAGAUAGCGGAGUGGAGAGAUGGUUUGUGGGGAGAUUAUGGGCUGGAUGAGAGGCUGGAAGGACCUGCGGUGGACAGCACCAAUUCAGUGGAUGGCGGUGCCAUGUCCGCGAGCAUUGUCCGGACGACAUCAACGUCUCUUGAGCAUGUGGGUGCGAAGGUCAAUGAAAAGCAUGAACGGCAGCAAAACAUCCGACAGCUGUUCGCGCACAGUGGACUUAUGAGUUCAUAUGACGAGACGGUGAUGCCCCAUUGGGGCUUCGAUCUGGUCUCACUCGCUCAGGCGGAAACCUUUCAUGCACACAUUUUGUGGGAAGUGCAUGAAACCAACUGGCGGUGUGAGCUGGUGGCACUAGAUGUGAAGCUCUCGAGUUCAGCAAGCUGGGGUUCAUUGCAGCGCUCCCACUGGGAGCGCCAGGCUCAGGUUGCGAAAGUGUGGGACUCGAGCCUAUUUAGCUCAGCAUUUUCGGUAGCACCUGCUUGGAAGCAAGAUGCAGCAAUGUUUUGUUGGGUCCCGGCUGACAAGGAAGGAUGGGAGAAAUGCUGGCCGAAUCUCAGCAGUUUCAUCGCGCUCGCUGCACGAUGGCCCAAUCUCCCUGAAGUGCUUUCAAUAUAUUUCGUAUUGGGAUAUCCGUGUCUAAACCCUAAUUGCGCACAACUCAUCCCGAUCAGUAUCUUGACCAUGCAUCGUACCAACCCUCAAGUUAAAGCCAUUGUCAACGGCCUUUUACCGAGUCGCCAGCUCUUGCGCACCUCAGUGACGAUGUGCACAGUCAGCCCAGCGAUUUCGCACUUGGUAGCUACCAGUUAUGGUGUCACCAACGCGUGCACACUCGGUUUGAUGUUCGAGAUAUGCACACAUUUGACAAAGUGUCUGCGUCAUCUCAAGCUCCUUGCAGUUCAAUUGUCGCCGGCGCAAGCCCAGCAAUGCCGCCAUGAGGUGAAUGCAUUGGACCCGCCUGCUGUUCUUGGUGGGGCAGACCUCCUCCCGUCGUCCAGCCCACCGGCGACACCGUCGAUGCGCGUGCCAUUGACCCCAUCGACACUUCAUGGCUCUCAACGCAGUAGCGACUCUUAUGCCCCGAGCUCACCAUCGAUUUCAUCUUCGCUCUCGGGUUCCCAUGACCCCACCUUAAUCGCAGCAUGGGGCAUUCGCCGUGCUGAAUACCUCGAGUUUGCAUUCAAGCAGAGGGCCAUCAUUGACGCCCUGGGCAUCGACGAUGGUGAUGAGUUAUCGUAUCAGCAGUUUUGUCCGCACUUGCGCCAGUUCAUUGAUUACCCCAAGCAUACCCACAAGCAAUACUUCUUACCGGGCGAUAUUCCAAUCUACCGUGUCAAGGGCAGCGAUUGGAUGCCCUCCGUGGAGCGGAUUGAUGCGAUCGGUCGCAACGUGAACUUGAACUCUAGCUCCGGCGCGGGGCCGAGUGGAUGCGGAGGUGCACGUAAACAUGCACUGUCUGAUGCACCGGACAACAGAAGGAGAAAGGUGGUGGUGAAGGCGAAGAAGCCUGUGGACUGCGAUAUAGAGUUGACAGAUAAUGAGUUAGACAGCGAAAUCGUGGAGAUUGACGAGGGCAGAGAAAUUAUCUACGUAUUCUAG